AUGGCGAGCUUAGCCGGAGUCAUGCUCGCCAAAACCUCAGAUGAUCCUUCUCCCAGCCCUCUCCACAUCACGCCGCACGACAGCAAGUUCUACGCCAGGCUCCUCUCCAAGGAGGACGACGCCUCCUUGUCCACCACCCCUUCCUUCGGCGUCUACGAUGGCGUCGCACCCGGCUCCGUGCCCUUCGUUUGGGAGUCGCAGCCGGGCACUCCCAAGCCCACCGCCGUCGCCCUGGCGGAACCGCUCCCUCCUAUCAACCCACCACCCUCCUCCUACUUCCACCCCGUUCUCGGGAAGGCUAAGCUGGUCAGCAAGAAGCGAAGGGUCAACCCAUCCUCCCGGUUCACCUUCCUCGCCACCCUAUUCCGAAAGCUCACGCCGAAGAAGUCACCUUCAUCGCCCGUCUCCUCGUCGUUCACGUCGUCACCGUUCUCCCGACUGGAGUCGCCCCGUUCUCGGCGGAGGUCGUCCUUCUCUUCCAAGGGCGACGACGACGAGGAGGAAGAUGUCGGUGAUGCCUCCACGAGAUCCAUCCUUUGCUUUAGGCUACAGCGGUCUCCGCGCAUCACGCUGUUCCGCCAUUCUCGCGACAACUGCUCCAGUUUGAUCGCUGCGAACUGA